UGUGUGUUCUUUGUGUCAGCGACGUAUGUGGUGCCCUGCAUGCCUGGGAAUGGUUGGAUGUGUUUUUCCGAGUGUGUCUAAGUGUUGGUGUAUGGGUGUGUUUGCGGGGGUGCACCUGUGCGUGCAUGCGUGUGCGUGCUUGCACGCGCACACGUGGUGGGAAAGGAAGCUACCCGUGGGUUCGGGGAUGCAGGGCGUUUCCCCACCCCUUCAGACAUUCUUCUCCUCACAGAACCCAUCCUGGAGCAGCCUUGGGGGACCUGAGCGUCAAGGCCCCAUUCCCCCUUCCAGAGAUGAGCUGUCUAGAACAAGGAGAGAACACUUCAUGGCCAUCGCCGGCCAUGACCACAGGCUCAGAAAGAAGCCAUGAGAAACAGGGGGCCAAGGCCUCGAGGUGGACAAGGCAGGAGGCUGUGGCGGAAGGGGAGCUGCCGGGUCUGGGGGAAGAUCCCCAGGCCAAGCCACCUGCUGAGUACGCCGGACUGGAGGCCACGUUCCCCAAGGCCACACACUUGUCCCAGGCUGCUCCUUUGGCCAAAGUGGACGCCCCACCAACAGAGUGGGACAUCUUCCCCCCUAACCACGAAGCCUCGGCCGCUGGCUCCAGCACAGAUGAGCUGGAGCUGGACAUAGGGUUCCCGGCCACAGCAUCGUGGGGGUAUGAGCUCGGCCUGGUGGAAGAGAGGCCUGCCCUGUGCCCAUCCCCACGGGCCCUGUUACCCAGGCUGGGCUGGGACGACGAACUGCAGAAGCCGGGGGCCCAGAUCUACAUGCACUUCAUGCAGGAGCACACCUGCUAUGAUGCCAUGGCAACCAGUUCCAAGCUGGUCAUCUUCGACACCACACUGGAGAUCAAGAAGGCCUUCUUUGCCCUAGUGGCCAACGGCAUCCGGGCGGCACCGCUGUGGGACAGCAAGAAGCAGAGCUUCGUGGGGAUGCUGACCAUCACAGACUUCAUCUUGGUGCUGCAUCGCUAUUACAGGUCCCCGCUGGUCCAGAUCUAUGAGAUUGAAGAACAUAAGAUUGAGACCUGGAGAGAGAUCUACCUUCAAGGCUGCUUCAAGCCUCUGGUCUCCAUUUCUCCCAGCAGCAGCCUGUUCGAAGCCGUCUACACCCUCAUCAAGAACCGGAUCCACCGUCUGCCGGUCCUGGACCCGGUCUCAGGCGCCGUGCUCCACAUCCUCACACACAAGCGACUGCUCAAGUUCCUGCACAUCUUUGGCUCCCUGCUGCCCCAGCCCUCCUUCCUCUCCCGCACCAUCCAAGAUCUGGGCAUCGGCACAUUCCGAGACUUGGCCGUGGUGCUGGACACGGCGCCCAUCCUGACGGCCCUGGACAUCUUUGUGGACCGGCGCGUGUCUGCGCUGCCUGUGGUCAACGAAGCUGGACAAGUCGUGGGCCUCUACUCCCGCUUUGAUGUGAUUCACCUGGCUGCCCAGCAAACCUACAACCACCUGGACAUGAGUGUGGGCGAAGCCCUGAAGCAGAGGACACUGUGUCUGGAAGGAGUCCUUUCCUGCCAGCCCCAUGAGAGCUUGGGGGAAGUCAUCGACCGGAUUGCCCGGGAGCAGGUACACCGGCUGGUGCUAGUGGACGAGACCCAGCAUCUCCUGGGCGUGGUGUCCCUCUCCGACAUCCUUCAGGCACUGGUGCUCAGCCCUGCUGGCAUCGAUGCCCUCGGUGCCUGAGAAUAUCUGAGUCCUCAUUCCCAGGCCGUCUUCCACACGCAGAAGCCAACGAAGGGAGCCAGGGAACACGGUCUCCAUCUUUCCCCACCCCAGUUUGCUGGUUUGGCUGUGGUUCAGGCUUCACCAGCCCUCUGUCAUUGCCCUUGCCCUGCCUGUGCUCCCAGAAGCCCUCAGGAAUUCCUAGUCCUCCAUGGGAUGAUGAAAUUAACAACAGCUGAGUCGAGCCUGGAGAUCUAUGAACCAGAGGCACUGAGAUUACCCCAGGGCUGCCUGCUCCAUGCCUACCCAUAUCACUUUCCCCCCCACUGGCCCCAGUGGAGCGGCGAGCCCUCAGCCAGUUGGGUGUAUUCGGGGGCUCUGGAUUCCUCAGCUUCUGGACUACCUGGGAGGCCCUGCUAUUCUUCCACACUACUAAGGGUGGCUCCCCACAACUUGGCCACUGCCCUUCUUCCCUCCCAGCAUUGAAACAGCAGCCAUGUGGAGAGCCUGUUGAGUGGGGUCCUCCCUCCAUUCUCAUCCCGAGCACCAGCAAACGGUGUUCUCAGUCCCCAGUGAGCCUGUGUUUGGAUCACUGAGGAUGAACACUGAGAGAACAAAAAGAAAAAGAACAACCAACCCGUGCACUUAAAUUGUAUAAGCUUCACUCCGAAAAUGCUAGUCAUUUGGCCUGAACUUGCAGCAAGAGCCCUGUGCUUUCUGAAUUCAAAGACGCGAGGGAGAAUCUGUAAUUGACAAACGCUACCACUGGCCUUGCUUUUGUGCAUAGAGUGUUAGUUUCUUUUUUCAUUUUUUAUUUAUAACAAAACCAUAAAGAAGAUGUUAGUUAAUGACAGAGUAAGUGCAACUCAGUCCACAAACUCUAAUCUGCUAGAGACAACUUUUUUUUUUUAAACACUGAACGUAAUUCCUAUUAUGGACCCCAUUUCACCAGGUGGUAGAAAUUAAUCUCCGUUUGGGGUUCACCCACCACCUUUUCCUGGGGUUAAAUUCGGUGAGAAGGGGAGGCUUUGAGUAGUGGAAGACUUUGUUCCUCACUUAUCAUCAACCACACUUGUCAGCACCUGCUAAAAUAUUCCCAUUCCCAUCUCUCUCUCACUUGGUCGGUCACUGGCGGGCAUGGCCCCUGCUAGGUGCUCCCUCAGUCCCUACCACAAAGCCUCCUUGGGCCUGCCUUCUCUUGGGGCAUGAAGACAUUCUAGCUCCUGGACCUGCACCCCUCUGGGCUUCAGGACGCUGUGUGGUCCCAAGCACAUCUGCUCAGGCGGACAGCAAGUGAUCUGUUCUGCGCUGAGUUUUGCUGUGUGUGUGUGUGUGUGUGUGUGUGUGUGUGUGUGUGUUUAGCCCCUACCCUGGAAACAUAGGGCACAGGGCUCUUCUUAUCAUCUCCUUAUCAUUUCCAAACCUCUCUGGGGUAUUUAUCAUAUUCACCUCCUCCCUUCAGACACAGCUCCCUUCUCAGGGGCCCCAGAAAUGUCUAGUCUCUUUGCCUCCCCACCCCCCACCAACCUAUGGAAUCUUCACCAGUGGGGCCUUUUUCUCUAACCCGUCAUCUAUUCUUCCAAGUCCACUGCAUGUGUCUUGAGUUCUUGCCACGUGCCUUGAGGGUCAGGCUUUGGAAAUUCCAAAGCCAAGGCCAGGCUUCGGUUAUGUCAUCCCUCCCCUGUGGCAGUGGACGCUGUCUGCUAUCCAGUGGGGAGAGGAGAGGUUAAUAUUUCUAAAAUAUGAUCCCACCACAUUUACCUCACAGAGCAACAGAGUGGAGACAUUUGUGCUUGAUGAGUCAGGCAGUAAAUGAAGGCAUUUUCUCACAGACACUCAGCUUCUGUUUCCGACUUUGCCAUAACCCAUGGGUCAGUGCUGGUUCUGCUCUGGCCCUGCCUGGGAAGGUCCUGGGCCUUGGGCUCAAGUGGGAGGAUGGGGGUGCUUCUCUGGGCCUGUCUCAAGUGACAACCUUGGGGAGCCUGGGGCAGGCUGCCUCCUGCUGCAGCCGACUGUAGGGAAUGUGUAGCAGGGUCAGUCCUUUGAGGUGGUGUCCCAGGUUGCUCUGCGUGAGCAGACCUUCAGGUCAGCCCAGGCGUUCGGUGGAAAGGGCAGCCUGAGGAAAUCACUCUCUCCCCCUCCUGCCCCCCCCAAGAGUAGAUAGGUCUCCAACCUCCUGGGCCCACCAUCCUGAGGACCCAACAGUUACCCCUUGGGCCCUUCUCCCCAACCCUCAGUUCCUGACAGCCCUCCUGCAUCAUGGCUGCUAGAAAAGAGGCAAAGGGUUGCCAUGGGGACUACUCCCGCCCCAACUCUGAAUAAAAGUAUGAAGGCCAGCCACUCUGCUGGCUCCUCUGUUCAUACCUAGGAACCCGGGGCUGGCCAAAUGGUGCAGGCAUCAUUGCCUCCAUGCCCCCGACUCCUGCCCUGACCCCCGAGGCCCCUCCGAGGUUCUGUGACCUCCAGGCCGGACUCUCGUCCACCUCUCUCAUCAUCUCACAUCACCUCAGCAGUUAUCAACCCUGGCUGUGCCACAGGAUCCCCAGGGGAGCUUUAUAAGAUGGUAAUUCCAAGGCUCCAUUCCUAGAGAGAUGCUAAUUUCCUGACUUGGGGGGUGUGACCAGGGCAACUGUAUUUUUUUGUAGAAACUAGAGGCUUGCGAUGCAUAACACGUGAUGGGCACGAUAGCUUGCUGAGAAAUACAGGCGCCUCAUUUCCAUAAUUAGGAAAAUCGUCUGUCGCCCUAUGGCAUCUAUAUUAUUUGUUAUGACCAAGAUCUACAAGAAGAGCUGGCUGAAACCAGGGGCACAAGGUAGAAGAUACACGAUUUGCUGGCAUUCUCGCUAGCCUUACAAACAUGUGCAAAUACAGAAGAAUUCAGCACAGGGUUACGUUAUGUCCAUCCCCUGAUGACAACUGUCAGAAUUUGUAUUGGACGUGCACCUUACAUCUGGAAUCACAAAUAAUGAGCUAGAACUGAACUAAUAUUAAUGAGCCAAGAUACAUCAAGAGCUAAAACAUCUGUAGAACACGAGCAUGUAGACAGCCAGAAAAUAUUGGGUACUCGGUCUAUUUUUACUCCUGGGAGUGCUACAUAAAUGUUUAAGAAGACAAGCUGAUGUCAAGGGACACCUGCAUGGCUCAGCCAG